GCCUCCUUGCGAUGCAACAGCCCUUCUAUGCCAUGGCCGUCAAUGCAGCUUUACAGCAACAGCAGCAGCAGCACCACGGUUCUCCUGCUAUCGGUCCUGCAAGCGGCUCUAACCGCAAUGCUUGCAACGGUGGUAUCGGCGGCGGCAACAACGGCCGCGGUCACACGAAGCGUACCAUGAACGCGUACACGCUGUGGUCGAGCGCACAGCGGCGCAAGAUCGUGCAGGAAAAUCCCAACAUGCAUAACGAGGAGGUGUCCAAGCGUCUGGGUGCCGCAUGGAAGCAGCUGAACGAGGACGACAAGCGGCCAUUCAUCGACGAGGCCAAGCGGCUACGCGAGCAGCACAAGCGGGACUACCCGGACUACUACAAACAGCCUCGAAUCAAGCCCGAGCCUCCGACGUCCAAGAAGUCUGACCAGCCUUACCGCAUGCAGGCCCGCGCGUUUUACGUCACGGACUCGCACAGUGCCUACUUGCACCACCAUAAAGGGGUGGCCUACAUUCACGACGCUUACAACGCAGCUGAGAUAGCCGCCGCUGCCGUGUCGCAGGACAUGUGGCACACGACGCCUCGUCAGCAGCCGCAGCAGAGCUCGCCACACUGGUUCUAGAGCAGCCUGGCGCCGCCUGGCACCUAUUCGCCUUGCCUUCCGGAAGUGAAGCCGUACGAGGCGGGACCCUACGAGGAACUUGGGUAUCCCGUGAACAUCGGACCGGGAUCCCCGUUCGCCGAAAUUUACGGAGCGUACCAAACCUAGGUACUCACCUCUACAGGCGUUUCGAACGAAUACCCAGACGCGGCUGCCGCCACCGCGUACACGUAUACGGCGGAGGACCCGGUUAGACUUCUGCCUAAGACCAGCGCCACGGCCUGCCUGUGAGCUCUUAGGCUUUGCUAUACGCGGCCGUGCCCCGGUGCAAGCUCGUAUCCCAGUCGUGCCUUCGUUGCUUUCUGCAAGGACGUCACCGUUGGUUACCUAAAGCCACUGUCUCAUUACCACCAGCUGUUGUCCGUUCUUCUGCAUGCCCACAAAGCAACGUUGAGAUGUUUGAGAAUUGGCCAACCCAACUGAGCGGAUUUCUUCGACACUGAAUGCAAUUGGGACCCAAGGAAAUUCACAAAAGUUUGCAUCCACCCGAAAGCCGUGCGGCUUCCAUUAAGACAACAGUAUAGCAUGUUCAGAAACGGUUAUACCACACCACCAUAGAGGGCAGUCGCUCUGCCAACUAUAGGUGAACCGAUAUGCUGGCAGAUGGUAGAACCACAGAAUUUCAUUGUCGAAAGAAGCAGGAAAACUAAUUGUAAAUAACAGAGGCGUAAAUUUAAUGAAAAAAAAAAGGAACCAUGAAGAAGACAUAUAUGCAGAAUGGGAGACGGCGAUGGAUGUAGUAAAACCUGAUUGGAUCAAACAGUGUAGGUAGCCAUUGGUCGUUGCCCAGUUUCGAAAGAGAUGCCGAUAAAGACAAUCAUCAGUCAUCAUUGUAUGCACUGAGGAAGGAAAUAAACUAGGAGAGAGUGAUUACAUCACGCAGCCACCCUUGGCCAACAAACUCUUCGUGAAGGCGGUGCUUUUCUUUUUUUUUUUUUGCUCUCGCAGUAUCGGCCCAACGCGACUCGUCCUAUAUUGGCUGGGAGUGCUGGGGUCUAGGUAUACAGAUUAACAGAGGCGCACUUGUUUGCCUGCCCUGUCACAGCUUGAUGAUACCAUAGUAGCACACCUCUGCUUGCAAAGAGUGAGCACUAAAAUCUACCGGGCGCUCUGACGCGAUGACCGCAUAUUGGGCCGAUAUAUAGACCGUUGGCAUUAUGAAACAUCGUUCCAGCACACGGUUGAACACGGACGAGAAGAGAAAGGCAACACGAACGCCGGUAUUCCGGCGUUCGUGUUGUCUUUCUCUUCUCGUCAGUGUUCAAUUGUCCGCUGGAACGAUGUUUCAUGCGUUCGUGUGGUCUUUUUCUUCUAGUCCGUGUUCAAUUGUGCGCUGGAACGAUGUUUCAUAAUCCUAAUCACAACCAACUAGCACAGCUGUUCAUACUUAGCGAUAUAGACAGUUUCAUCGGCAAGGAGGAACGUAGCCUCGAACCAGCGCGCCGCGCCGCGCGCUGUAUUACUUCAGAAAAUAAAGUCGCUAUUGCAAAGAGCAGUUCUUUGUUUUUGAGCUCUUUCGAGUCGGCGAAGUGCUCUUGCACAGUCACCGCUCCAGACCAAGAGUGCGCAUAUCCUUUUAACGCGUCGCAUGCGUCUGUGGUUGAUCGUGCCAUAUUCGUAGCUACCGUCAUCAGAUCGUUUUAUCCAUAUUAACGGACCUUCUGCUACAGUUAUAUUUUUUAUAU